AUGGACAAUGGUUCGAAAAUAGCGACUUCGACCACCCAAGUUUCAAUACCAAAACCUGAUCCGACUGAACGUGCACAACCGGGUAACCCUACUGAUAUGUCUCCAUAUCAAUCAUUCACGCCAUAUGUCCCUCAAAAUGUGAUGUUUAAAACAGAACCUCCACAGUUUCCACAGAGCUAUGUCGACGAUAUUUAUACUCCAAUUCAUAGGAGGAAGAAGAAGUUUCAGAAUAUCGACUACUCGAAGUUACUCUCGGAAGACGACUUACAAAGCAUGACUCUUGAGGAGUUCGAUGACUACACAAACGAACUCAAGGACCGAAGAACUCUCACAAAAAACGAACGAGCCACUCUUAACAAAAUUAAGAGAAAGCUCAAGAACAAGGAAAGCGCAAGAAAAAGUCGACAGAAGAGCAAAGAAGCUUUCUCACAACUUCAAGAACAACUUGAAGAACUUCAGAAACAAUACGACGACGUCCUUCGAAUCAAUUGUAAAUUAGUUAGAGUCGCAGACGAAUGCCCCGAGUGCAGCAAGAAAAUUAGACAGGUCCAAAGCGCUAUACAAAACUUUUCGCAGAUAACUGCAAUACCACCAUCAUAA